CGUCAACAACAACAAAAAUGUGAUAACAAACCAGUGAUAAGAGAGGAAAAUCAGAUCGUUUUUUUUCAUUUUUUUCCACCAGUUUUUAAUUUUAAUUUUUAUAAGUUUAGUCAAAAUGUGAACUGCAAAAAAUGGAACAGAUGAAGGAUGAAGAAUUGAUGAAAAAAUAUCCUACAGAUUGUUUUUUUUCUCCAACUACUCGGAAUCUUUCUACAGUUAUCAAAUUUUCUCCUCGACUUAGUCUACAAAGAUACAUCACCGUUCUACAAGUAAUCAGAGAUAUCAAUGAACGACGCUCUAUCAGCGAUGUAACAGAAUUUGGUUGCGGUUCUUUCGUAUUUUUCGACAACUAUUUAUCCAGGUGUGAUUUCAUCAAUCAUGUCAAUCAGAUAGAUAUCAACAGAGAAAGACUAGCAGGAGCUCUGCAUAUGAUACGAGCAAACGAGUGUAAUAAACUGAGUAACACGGAACGCGAACCUCUGAAAAUAGAUAUUUUCGAAGGAAACGUUGCUAAAAAAGAUAGCAGAACUCAAAAUACCGAUGUAGUUGUUGCUAUCGAAGUCAUUGAACAUUUAUUCGAACAAGAUCUUCGUUUAUUUCCUGUAACCGUUUUUGAAUUCAUUAAUCCGAAAGUAGUCAUAGUAACAACACCGAAUCACGAUUUUAAUAUUUUAUUCGAUAACGGAAAUAAGUUCCGCGAUGAUGAUCAUAAAUUCGAGUUCACAAAGGCUCAAUUUAAACAGUGGGCAACUGAAAUCAUUGACAGAUACCCCGAAUAUGAUGUCAAGUUUUUUGGAAUCGGAGAACUACCCAGUGGAUGCUCAGAAGAAAUAGGUUAUUGUACUCAAAUGGCAAUUUUUGAAAAAAAGGAAACCCACACUGCUCUUGAAACAAGUGUAAAUGUACAAGAGUAUGUUUUAAUUGGCUCUUUUGCCUAUUUCACUCAAAUCGACGAGACAACUGACGAAGAAAAAUUAUGGCAACGAAUCGAUAAUUUAAUAAUCAAUUAUACCGUCGACGAAGAAGAUUUAUUGUGUAUUGAUAAUGAAGAGUGCCAAUGGGGAUAUCGAUUUCUAUGUUUACCAUUAGAUUUGUUGUUGAAAAAUUGUCAAAUGAAAGAUAUUAAUGAAGACGAUCUAAUAGCUGUUAUAAAAAAAUUCGGUAGAAUGUAUUCGAUAAAAUAUUUUGAAAAUUACGGAAAUUUGUUGAUAGUUACCGAUGAGUGUGAGCAACAAUGUGGUAUUCAUUGUAAAGAGAUUUGACUUUUUUGUUUUUCCAUCUGAAUACUUAGUAUUUGUAUUUUGUACGAAUUUUAUUCAUGCUUGUUUCUUAUACUCGUUGUUACCUACUUAAUUUUUUAUACCUUUUUGUGUGUUAAUUGCAUUUUUCAACAUGAUUUUUUUUUUAUUGAGUUGUUUGCCGUUUGAUUACAACACUAGGAAAGUGUGUGGUAAAAUCAAAAAAAUUCUGCGAAAUAGGAAAAUUUUAAUUUGUUAAAAACACAUUCAUUAAUUUCAUUUUCAUUACAUAUUACGAAUGUUAACGAGUUUUAAAUAAUAGUGGCAAUUAUGUUAUAUCAAGAUUCAGUGUACUGUGGAAAAAUAAAUUACUGAGGUUGAAAAAGUGCUCUAAAAUA